AACACACAUAACUAAAAAUGGUUUAUCUCUUUAUCAAGCCCUUUAUUUUCAUAACAAUAUUGUGGGAAAUUCAAAUAUUGACUGCUGAAACUAUAAAUUCUUCGACUGCUUGUGACCGUCAGAAAUGCCUGUUACCUGACUGCCUGUGCAUGAAGACAGCUGCUCCCAACGGCUUGAAUCCGGAAGAGAUUCCGCAAAUGGUGUUUCUCACGUUCGACGAUGCCGUUGCCGACGUCAUGUAUCCAACGUACCAACGAAUAUUGCACAAUAGAACAAAUCCCAACGGUUGUGACAUCGGGAUGACCCUAUUUGUCACUCACGAAGGGACCAACUAUCGACUAGUGAACGAACUUUUCAACAAAGGCAAUGAAAUCGCCUCUCACACUGUCACGCACAAAAUGGAUAACGAUUACUGGAAAAAUACUUCUGCUGACUUUUGGCUGAGAGAAGUUGGUUAUCAGCGACAUCUACUUCACUCCUACGGAAACAUUCCUUUCGACACGAUCCAGGGUUUUCGAUCACCUUUCCUUCAGACGGGUGGCGAUGCAACUCUCACUGCAUUGCGUAUGCUAGGAAUGAGUUAUGACUCAUCGUUCACUACCAUGCAAUUCAUGGAUCCGCCUGUUUGGCCCUUUACAAUGGAUUACGAAUGCCAAAUUCCUCCUUGCGGCAAUGAAAGUCAUCCAGGAUUUUGGAGUAUCCCCAUGAUCGAAUUCCGCAGUAGCGACAAUGGUUUCCAGUGCAAAACGGCCGACACUUGCUUCCCGCCAUACAUAGACAGGCCAGAUAAACCGGAAGCCUCCAAUCUGACAGCCGAUGAGAUUUUUCAUUAUUUCGUGUUCAACUUCAACCGCUUCAACAAGAAUCGAGCCCCUUUCGGUAUCCAUCAGCACAUGUACUGGUUUCUCAACAACGAGCCCAUCCUCGAAGGAUUCUUGCAGUUUCUCGACUAUUUGGCGACCCUCGACUACGUUUACAUCGUUCCAAUAAGCAAAGGAAUAGAAUGGAUGAAAAACCCAAAGACGUUGAAACAAUUAAAGGACAAAGAUGUUUUUAAUUGCCUCAAGGCCUCACCAGCGCCUUGCCCGAAACCCCAAGUUUGCUACUACACUAAAUCUGUUCCAGGAGGUGCCAGAUUCAUGGGAACUUGCCUUCCUUGUCCCGCCGAAUAUCCUUGGCUGCCGGACCAAUACGAUCCGCUAACAACAACCACAACAAGGCAAACAACCCCUUCAACGACUUAUUCGACCGUUCCCAACAAUAGUGCGUCUGAGCCCGAUAGUAAUAACCUUUUCUUGCACUUGAUACUAAUUUUCCAGGGAUUACUGCUAAGUUUCCUUCAUUUCUUUUGCUAA